CUGAGAGGAUGACGAAUCUCACAGUGAUUCUUGUUAUCUACGUCAUCACCUUCCUGAUCGGCUUCCCUUCCAACCUCCUGUCCCUCUACACAUUCUUAAUGAAAGUCUGCAAGAAGCCAACCCCCAUAGACAUUCUCUUGCUCAACUUGACUUUAUCGGACAUCAUGCUUCUGAUCUUUCUUCCCCUCAAGAUGACAGAGGCAGCCCAAGACAAUGAGUGGCCUUUCCACAGGGCCCUCUGCACUGUCACCAGCUGCACCUUCCAUAGCAGCAUCUACAUCAGCACUCUUUUCCUCACGGCCAUCAGCGUGGACCGCUACCUGGGGGUGGCAUUUCCCAUCAAGUACAAGCUGAACCGCCGGUCAAUCUAUGCAGUGGUAGCCAGCAUCUUCAUCUGGGUGGUGGUCGGUUCCCACUGCAGCACGGUCUUUGUAUUGAGGACUCUCCGCAACGAUUCAAUACCACCCUCACAGCUGCCUUCCAACCACGUUGUGUGCUUCAAGGAGUUCAACGAAGAGCAGAAGAAGAUCAUCUACCCCUUCCGGCUUGAAUUGUGCCUCGUCCUCUUUUGCAUCCCUUUCAUCAUCACCUCUUUCUGUUAUGUCAGUGUGAUCCGAAUCCUGGCCUCCCUGCCUAACGUCGAGGCCCGCAAGAAACAAAGGGCCGUGGGCUUGGCUCUGGUCACUUUGCUCAAUUACGCUUUUUGCUUUGGCCCUUUUAACAUCUCCCACGUCUUUGGAGUGAUAAGUUAUGAAGACCCUAACUGGAGAGAAUAUACCUUUGCUCUCAGCUCCUUCAACACCUGCUUGGAUCCUUUCAUCUUCUUCUUCUCAUCCAACGCCAUCCGACGAAACGUCAAUGUUUGCUGGGCUGGCAUGUACCGCAGAGUCCGUCCCAUUUUAUCACGCUGCUCUUUGCCUUGCUGCAAGGAACCCAGAGACAACGAUGAAGGAGCAGGAACUGGUGCAUUAUCUACUUCAAGUGGACUGGGAGGGACUGGCACGUCCACUGAAUCCUGUUCCUUUGGCCACACCGCAAAGACCUGGGAGCUCAGCGCGCUGGAUGCUGAGCAAGAAGCAUACUGCACCAAGUUCCAUCGACAUCCAGAACACUAGACCCAGAACAGACU